AUGGGAAUGAAAGCACUCAUCCUCGUCGGCGGCUUCGGCACCCGUCUACGCCCACUCACUCUCACCCUCCCAAAACCGCUCGUGGAAUUCGGCAACCGACCCAUGAUCCUCCACCAAAUCGAGGCCCUCGCCGCCGCCGGCGUAACAGACAUCGUCCUCGCCGUCAACUACCGGCCCGAAAUCAUGACCGCGGCUCUGAAGAAAUACGAGAAGGAAUACGGUAUCAACAUCACCUUUUCCGUCGAGACCGAGCCAUUGGGCACCGCGGGCCCGCUCAAACUUGCUGAGAAGACGCUGGGGAAUGGGGACGAGCCAUUCUUCGUGCUAAACUCGGAUGUCAUUUGUGACUUCCCAUUUGAGCAGCUGGUGGAGUUUCACCGCAGUCAUGGGAAUGAGGGGACGAUUGUGGUGACUAAAGUCGAGGAGCCGAGUAAAUACGGUGUCGUAGUGCACAAGCCCGACUCUGCCUCCCGCAUCGACCGCUUCGUGGAGAAACCUGUCGAGUUCGUCGGCAAUCGCAUCAACGCUGGUAUCUACAUCCUCAACCCCAGCGUGCUAAAACGCAUCGAACUCCGCCCUACCUCCAUCGAACAGGAAACUUUCCCGGCAAUCGUCAAGGAUGGUCAACUGCACAGUUUCGACCUCGAUGGAUUCUGGAUGGACGUGGGACAACCCAAGGACUUCCUCAGUGGAACCUGUCUCUACCUCUCUUCUCUCACGAAAAAGAACAGUAAACUCCUCACUUCCAACAGUGAACCCUACGUCUACGGCGGCAACGUCAUGAUCGACCCAUCGGCGACAAUUGGCAAGAACUGCAAAAUUGGGCCAAACGUGACCAUCGGCCCUAACGUGGUCAUUGGGGAUGGCGUCAGGCUACAGAGGUGUGUGCUUUUACAGGGUAGUAAAGUCAAGGAGCACGCGUGGAUCAAGAGCACGAUUGUCGGGUGGAACUCAACAGUAGGGAGAUGGGCGCGGUUGGAGAACGUCUCGGUACUAGGCGACGAUGUUACCAUUGGUGAUGAGGUGUACUGCAAUGGUGCCAGUGUGCUGCCACAUAAGAGUAUCAAGGCUAAUGUUGAGACACCUGCGAUUAUCAUGUGA